UUUUUCUACCUACCACUCUAUUGCAAUAUAGGUAAUAGAAUUUGAGAACUUAUAUGAACGCAAGUUAAUUCCGCAGAGGAUGGAACUCGAGGAAAUUGCGACUGGUAGAUUGAACUCUCCUCCUCAAAUCCAAUCAACAGCUCAAACAUCGUCAAGGUUUAUCGACAGGUUUAUUCGUUUGAAAACUACUUAUUAAAACAGAGGAUUUGCAAUUGUUUUGCUCAUGUUUAUAGGUUUAUUUAUUCUUCAAUAUCAAUGUCAAUCAGUAAUUCUGGUUUUAAUGAAGUCUUAUAAAGAAUUUACAGAUGCUUACUUUGUAUAUGGAAUAAUUGUGGGUUAUAUACCUGGCGGUGUCUUAGCUACUGUUUAUCCGGCUCACAACAUUUUUGGAAUCUCGUUCAUCGUAUCGUAUAUAUAUAUUCUCAUGGAGUUUAUAAAUAAAGAAUUUUUCUUAAACGCUCACUUGCAUCAUUUCUUUCAAUUUUGUACGGGAACAACAUUGGGCAUAGCAUGUGUGGCCACUCGCAGGGUUUGUACAUUUUGGAUGCCACUGAGCAAACAGUCUUUACGUUAUGUUCCAAUACUAUUGCAGUCGAUUACAAUUUUAUAUAUUGAAUUGUAUGAUACACAGAUCUACUAUAUUGCGAAAAAACGAACUGGAUUAAUUGUUAAAGUUGGGUUAGCAUGGUUUGUUUUGUGGUUGUACGUGAUCAAUGGAGAUGGUUGCCAGAACCCGAAUCGCGGUUUUAUAUUGUUUAGACUAUUUAGAGAUUCGACUACUGUGUCAAGCUCAUCUAGAAUCUCUUUCGUAGCCUUAAGACGGUCAAUCAUAUCUGACAUCCCAUGGAAGUCGUUUCUCACUUCAAUGCCAGUAAUUGCUCUCGUUUUAUCAUCUAUGUGUUAUGGUAUUGUAAGUGCUUCAAAAUACGAUGAAUAUAAUUAUGAUAUGACAUUGGAUAAGCCUUUCAGGGAACACACUAUCACUAUGUUGUUACUCUUAAUCGUCCUAGCCGAAAUAUUUCCGGAGAUAACAGUAUGCUUUUCCGUCACUAAAGUCAGAAAGCUUUUUAAUUGCACGAUUUUCAUUGUAACGGGCGUGAUAUUUCUACUGGUAACUUUUAAGGUCAAGACAUUUUUGUUUUUAGAAACCGAAGAAUUGUUCAAAUUCAUAUUCUGAGAAAUGGAAUAUUUUCAUAAUUUUGGAUUCAAGAAUAACCAUUUGGAUAUCGCACCAAAAUAUGCUAGUAUAUUUUAUGGUUUCCAGUGCACAAUAAUUCAAAUUUCCGGGACAUAUUGGACCAAAAUCAUGAAAACAUUAAUCAUUUCCGAACAGUGGCAGUUUUCUAUGCCAUUUUCGGUUCAGCUGAAAUACAACCAUGGGCAGAAGAUAAACCGUUA